GCCUUCAAACCCCUGGGAGGUGGACAGAACAGACUCUAAUCCCCAGAUGACAGAUGUAGACACCAAGGCUUAGACAACAAAAGAGGCUCAGGACAAGCCCCAGGCUGAAAAGUGGCAGGACUUCGAGGUGAUUCAGAUUUGGGGGGUGGGGAAAGGUCAUUGCUGGAGGAAUAGGGGUACCCCAAGCAUGCCCUGACCUCUCCAGCUUUCCUGAGCUACACUGCAGCCCAGCCCCCUAUAUUCUAUCACCUGUUCCUGAUCUGCCUGAGCCACCCCCCUGUGUGGUGCUCCUGCCAAAAGAAACCUGUAGGCACCAGGAAAGGACCCAGGGCACAAGGAACUGCCGAGCUGUAUCGGGUGUGGAGUUGGGAGCCUGUGACGUCACCCAGGCUUUAUGUGGAGUCUGCAUCUGAAUCUGGGUGUUGUGAGUCCUUUGUGUGAUUAUAUCUGAGACCCUGUGCAACCCAAGGCUUUGUCUCUGUGUGAUUGAACUGAGUGUCUAGGGGACUGGAGAAGGCAGGGCCCCCUGGGGAGCACUGGGGAGGAGGGGGUGGGAAGGAAAGUGCUGAGGAGCAGCUCUGAAGCUUCAAACUGGUCAGACGACUUUGGGAACCUGGGAGCAGAAAGCCAAGAAGGGAGAGGAGAGAACAGGCGGACAGAGGAGCAGGCUGGAGGCUGGACAGGCGGACGGAUUCAGGGCUGUGGCAUGAAGCUACUUCCCAGCUGGAGAGCGGUGCUGCCUGUGGGCGCUCGGGGCCGGGUCUGGCCAUGGGCACAACAACCCAGAAAGAUUGCUAAACUUCCAAGACUGUCUAUGCCUCACUGCCCACUCUGGCCCUUUCUUGGAAAACAAGACGAGGUCCCGUGUUCAGGCUCAGGAACUGCUCACACCUGUGACCCAGAGAUGAGGGCCCAGGAGGACCCCGAGGGCCAGGCACAGCAUGAGGACCUGGGCCUAGCAGGGCCCUCCACGAAGGACCCCCCGGUGUCCCUGCCCACAGAGCCCAAGUUCGACAUGCUGUACAAGAUCGAAGAUGUGCCGCCCUGGUAUCUGUGCAUCCUGCUGGGCUUCCAGCAUUACCUGACAUGCUUCAGUGGCACCAUCGCUGUGCCCUUCCUCCUGGCUGAGGCGCUGUGUGUGGGCCGUGACCAGCACAUGGUCAGCCAGCUCAUUGGCACCAUCUUCACCUGCGUGGGCAUCACCACCCUCAUCCAGACCACGCUGGGCAUCCGGCUGCCGCUGUUCCAGGCUAGCGCCUUUGCAUUUCUGAUCCCAGCUAAAGCCAUCCUGGCCCUGGAGAGAUGGAAAUGUCCCCCAGAAGAGGAGAUCUAUGGCAACUGGAGUCUGCCCCUGAACACUUCUCAUAUCUGGCACCCACGGAUGAGAGAGGUCCAGGGUGCAAUCAUGGUAUCCAGCAUAGUGGAAGUGGUGAUUGGGCUGAUGGGACUGCCUGGGGCCCUGCUCAGCUACAUUGGGCCUCUCACGGUCACCCCCACUGUCUCCCUUAUUGGCCUCUCUGUUUUCCAAGCUGCUGGUGACCGAGCUGGCUCCCACUGGGGAAUCUCAGCUUGCUCCAUUCUCCUGAUCGUCCUCUUCUCCCAGUACCUGCGCAACCUCACCUUCCUGCUGCCUGUCUACCGCUGGGGCAAGGGCCUCAGUUUCUUCCGCAUCCAGAUCUUCAAGAUGUUUCCUAUUGUGCUGGCCAUCAUGACCGUGUGGCUGCUCUGCUACAUCCUGACCCUGACAGAUGUGCUGCCCACAGACCCUACAGCCUAUGGCUUCCAGGCACGAACGGACGCCCGAGGGGACAUCAUGGCUAUUGCACCCUGGAUCCGAAUUCCCUACCCCUGUCAGUGGGGCCUGCCCACAGUGACUGCAGCUGCUGUCCUAGGAAUGUUCAGUGCCACAUUGGCGGGUAUCAUUGAAUCCAUCGGAGAUUACUAUGCUUGUGCCCGCCUGGCUGGUGCACCACCCCCUCCAGUACAUGCUAUCAACAGGGGCAUCUUCACCGAAGGCAUCUGCUGCAUCAUCGCAGGGCUGUUGGGCACCGGCAAUGGGUCCACCUCGUCCAGCCCCAACAUUGGGGUCCUGGGGAUUACCAAGGUGGGCAGCAGGCGCGUGGUGCAGUAUGGUGCGGGCAUCAUGCUGGUCCUGGGCACUAUUGGCAAAUUCACAGCCCUCUUCGCUUCGCUCCCUGACCCCAUCCUGGGGGGCAUGUUCUGCACCCUCUUCGGCAUGAUAACCGCUGUGGGGCUGUCCAACCUGCAGUUCGUGGACAUGAACUCCUCCCGCAACCUCUUCGUGCUCGGAUUUUCCAUGUUCUUUGGACUUACACUGCCAAAUUACCUGGAGUCCAACCCCGGCGCCAUCAACACAGGUAUUCCUGAAGUGGACCAGAUUCUGACUGUGCUACUGACCACGGAGAUGUUCGUGGGUGGGUGCCUUGCUUUCCUACUGGACAACACAGUGCCAGGAAGCCCAGAGGAAAGAGGCCUGGUGCAGUGGAAAGCUGGGGCCCACGCCAACAGUGAGAUGUCUACCAGUCUCAAGAGCUAUGAUUUCCCCUUUGGGAUGAACAUGAUAAAAAGGAUUGCCUUUCUGAAAUACAUUCCUAUCUGCCCAGUCUUCAAAGGAUUUUCUUCAAGGUCAAAAGAUCAGCGUCCAGUUCCAGAAGAUAUUUCAGAAAAUAGAGAAACUGGGCCUGUGUGCACCAAGGUCUGAAAAAUUACUCCCAGGAAAGGUAGGAUGUGUUAGUCUACGGCUUUUGUGUGAGGAUUGAAAAAUCACAUUCUUAUAUACUUUAACCAAAGGAAAACCAAACUACUUGGUUUCCCUUUUUGUGACCUAUUUGAGUGUCUUCAAGGGGAAAGUAAACUGGGUUAAAAAGUCAAUAUAUGGAUUUUGAGUAGAA